AUGUUACGACAAACAAUCUCAGCCACAUCCAGAGCCCUGCGCUCGACCGUCAGACCCGGCACACAAAGGCCAACCAUCACCCUCGUCCAAUCCUACCAGAGGCCGCUGGCGGCAGCACGAGCACUAGUGCCGCGGACAAGAUGGUACAGCUCUGAGGCGGAUGCAAGCAAGGCCGAGGAGUCAAAGAACAACGGCGAGGAGGCAAAAAAGCAGGGUGAGGAGGAGAGCCCGGAAGCGACGUUCAAAAAGCAGCUCGAGGCCAAGGAUGCCGAAAUCCGGGACUUGAAGGACCGGUACCUCCGUUCUGUCGCCGACUUCCGCAACCUGCAGGACAGGACAGCGCGCGACAUGAAAGCGGCGCGGGACUUUGCGAUUCAGCGGUUCGCGCAGGACCUGGUCGAGUCGGUCGACAACUUCGACCGGGCCCUGAGCAUGGUGCCCGAGGAGAAGCUCAAGACGCCGGUGGAAGGGCAGGAGAAGGCGGAGCACCAGCAAGACCUGGUCAACCUGUACGAGGGCCUGAAGAUGACCGAGACGAUCCUGCUGCAAACGCUCAAGAAGCACGGCCUCGAGCGCUUCGACCCCAGCGGCCUGGUGUUCAAUCCCAACGAGCACGAGGCCACCUUCAUGACGCCCAUGCCGGACAAGGAGCACAACACCGUGUUCCACGUGCAGCAGAAGGGCUUCAAGCUCAACGGGCGCGUCCUGCGGCCGGCCAAGGUCGGCGUUGUCAAGAACAAUUAA